AUGUUAUCGAAGAUAAACCCCCUUGCGCCAAAGCUGGCAUUUAUAGCCCGUGGGGCGGCUGCCGCCACGAUACGGGGUAGAGUCGGUGGAGAUAUUUCUCCGGUAUUUCCAUCAUCAUCGGGGAUUGAACCGCCUCCGCUACCGGAUAGGUAUGCUGAACUAAAGGGACUAUUUACAGCUGGACGGGAAAGGAUCCUGGUAGAGUCCUGGGAGAGGUCAUUGCUUGAUCUUGGGAAGGAGACGGCCGUGGUGAAAAUGUCUGAGAGUGAUUUUUGUCUCUCUUUAUUCCUCCUAUUCCGAGUUUUCCUUAAGGAGAGUAGGGCGUGGGAGAGGGGUUGUGUUAAUAGGUUGAUAGGUUAUUCUACAAGCCGAGUUCAGAGACCCCGCCAGUCCUUCCAAGGAGGAAAUGGCAGAGAUUAAGGAGCGAGGUAGUGUGGUUCUUAAGAAUUUCCUCCUAGAUAAGGAAGCUCUGGUAAUGAAGGGGUCUUUGAAGGCACAUAUUGGGCGCAAUGCUUGGGCUCAAGGUUUCUUCCCUCCAUAAGUGCAUCAUUAUUGAAAGCUAACAAGUGCAGCCUUCCCCGCCCACUCACCGGCAGUCUACGAAUUAUACUGGUCCCCAGAUCAGCGUGUUGCGAGAGCCAAUCCAUCUCUCGUGGCAUCCCAGUGUUUUGUGAACUCCCUCUGGCAUUCUUCGCUCACGUGGUCCCCUGUGGACACCUCCGUGGUACUGCCCUAUCCCGACUGCUUCCGCAUCUGCCAGCCGAGCAAUGCAGGAUUUGCUCUUGGGGCACACAAUGACGGUGGCAGUGAGGAGUAUGACUCCUAUAACGCAGAUCACAGGUUUUGUGCAAAGAUAGGUUUGUACGAUAGAGCGGGCAGCUGCGGAGUCCAGAGGAGCUGGCAGCACUGGGUGUUUCCCCCCCCCCCCGGGCGCCCUUCCCCACUUAACUAGUCUACUAACAAUUUCCAGCUCUCCCUGUCAAUAAUGUCCCCUGGCGAACGGACCCUCCUGGCAAGCCCACUACUGAAGCACACAACAGCAUACACAAUCUUGCGCCCCUUUUUCACUCUUUCCGAUCCCCCAACUCUCACCACAGUUCCUCACUUCCCAAACUGCUUCCAGAGUACGUGUCAGGAAUGCAGCACAACACACCCGCAUCUCCUCUCCGACGACGCAAUGACACAGGUACCCCGCAUCUUGCGGGGCGACUACGUCUUCUAGCACUGCAAUACUAUUCAUGUCGCGGAACAGGUGCAAAGUGAGGCCAGAGAUAGCUCUGUCAUGUAUAUUCCUGCGGUGGCAUGGGCCAUGGAGAAUCAGUCUUAUGUUGAGCGGCAGAGGGGGCGGAGAGGAGGGGGGUGUCACCGGAGGAUUUUUCAGUGGCGGUUGGGGUGGGGGUU